AACAAUCAGCUGUUCGUCGCGUGCGUGUGUGUGUGAACUUGAAAUUUGUUAUUCGUGUGAAUUGUGGUGAAAUAAACUGCACAAAUUUUUUAAUUUAGCCCACAUUUAUUAUAUUCCCCCAGUCUCUGCGUAAAUAACAUACAACAUAACAAUGGGCAGCAGUUCAUCGAAGGGAGUCGGAGUCGUGGAGACCGCCGCCGCAACUACAGCGACAAAUGCAGCCGCCGCCGGCGCCGGCGGUGACAAACCCAAGUGCAAAGCCUGCUGUGCCUGCCCCGAAACGAAGCGGGCACGUGACCAGUGCAUUGUGGAGAACGGGGAGGAGAACUGCACAAAGCUGAUCGAGGCACACAAGCAAUGCAUGCGAGAUGCUGGCUUCAAUAUCUAGGAAGCUAGAAGCUGGGUCGGUGGAGUACUACUUAGCAUAAGGCAGCGGCGUCUCCCCACCCACUGGCGCGUUAACUUAAAUUAAUAUCCCAAUUUUUUUUUCGUUUGUUA